AUUGCCCUUGAAAAUUGGUAAUGAGCCCGUUCCUUGAACAGUUGCAGUUCAUAUGGUGGAGGAACUUCUACAAAGCAGCAUGAUAAAGAGCUCCAGAGUUUACAAAUCUGAAUGCAAUGCUACUUGAGGGAAACCUGCAGGUGGAGUCUGUUGCAACGCACAUGAAAUGCUGGAGUAACUUUAACAGGCAGGGCAGCAUCUAGGAAAAGAAUACAAUCAACAUUUUGGUCUGAAAUGUUGACCACACUCUUUUCCUGGAUGCUGCCUGGCCUGCCGAGUUCCUCCAGCAUUUUGUGUGUGUUGCUGGGAUUUCCAGCAUCUGCAGAUUUUCUCUUGUUUAUGGUGAAGUCCGUUGCUGUUGUCCUUGCUUGUAGAAGUUCUGUUGGAGUAGCCUAGCUCAAUGACUACAGCACAUUUGGUAAACAGUUCACACAGUAGCCAUGUUUGUGCAGGGCUUGGAGGGAAUGAAUGUAUAAUAAGACCAUAAGAUGUACAAGAAAAAUUAGGCCAUUUGGCCCAUUUAGUCUGCUCUGUCAUUUCAUUAUGCUCAUUUCAUUUCCCUCUCAGUCCCAAUCUCUUGCCUUCUCCUCAUAUCCCUUCCUGCCCUGACAAAUCAAGAAUCUGUUAACCUCUGCCUUAAAUAUGCCCAAUGACUUGGCCUCCACAGCUGCUGGUUGCAACAAAUUCCAAGGAUACACCACUUUCUGGCUAAAGAAAUUCCAGCUGAAAUGCCGUCUAUUCUGAGGCUGUGUCCUCUGGUGUUAGACUCCCUCAAUAAAGGAAACAUCUGUUCCAUCCGUUCUGUCGAGCCUGUCAGCAUUUGGUUAGUUUCAAUGCGAUUUCCUCCCCUCAUUCUUAAGAAUUCCAUGAGUACAGGCACAGGGCUAUUGAUUACUCCUCACAUGAUGAGCAUUUGAAUCCUAGAGUCAUUUUCAUGAACCUCUUUUGAACCCUCUGCAAUGUCAACACAUUAUUUCUUCGAUAAGGGUCCCAAUACUGCUCAAUACUCCGUGAGGCCUCACAAAUGCCUUGGAGAGCCUCAAUAUUACAUCCUUGCUUUUAUAUUCUAGUCCUCUUGAAAUGAUUGCUAAUGUUGCAUUUGCCUUCCUCAUCGCCAACUCAAUCUGCAAAUUAACCUUUAGGGAAAACUAGUAUGAGGAUUCCCAAGACCCUUUACACCUCAGAUUUUUGAAUUUUCUCUCCAUUUUGAAAAUAGUCAACCCUUUUAUUUCUUCUACCAAAGUGCAUGACUGACAUUUGAUACUCUUCCCGACACUAUUCCAUCUGCUACCCCUUCUGUAGCGUCUCUGCUUCCUCAACACUACAUGUAUCUCCACUUAUCUGCAACUUGGCCACAAAGCCAUCAAUUCUGUCAUCCAAAUCAUUGACAUAUAGCAUAAAGAGAAGAGGUCCCAACUCGAACCCCUUUGGAACCCCACUAUUUACUGGCUGCCAACCAUAAAAGGCACCCUUUAUUUCCAUUUUGUUGCUUCAUACCAAUCAACCAAUGUUCUAUCCAUGCUUGUAAGUUUUCUGUAAUACCAUGGGCUUUUGUUAAGCAGCCUCAAGUGUGGCAACUUGUCAAAGGGUUUCUGAAAUCCAAAUACACAACUUCCACAGUUUCUCUUAUGUCUAUCCUGCUUGUUAUUUCUUCAAUGAAUUCCAAUAGAUUUGUCAGGCAAGAUCUUCCCUUAAGGAAACCAUGCUGACUUUGGCCCAUUUUUAUCAUUUGCCUCUAAGUAAUCUGAAACAAUGUCCUUAACAAGGAGGUCACACUGACUGGCCUAUAGUUUCCUUUCUUCUGCCUCGCUCCUUUUCUUGAAAGAUCAUUGCUAAUGCCUCCACAACCUCUGAAGCCACCUCUUUCAGAACCCUGGGGUAUAGGCCAUCUGGUCCAGGUGACAUCUACCUUCAGACCUUUCAGUUUCCCAAGCAUCUCCCUUGCAAUGGCAAUGCUACUAACUCACUCGUGCCCUCGACCCUUGAACUUCCGGCGUACUGCUAGUGUCUCCUGCAAUGAAGACUGAUGCAAAAUACUUGUUCAGUUCGGCUGCCAUUUCCUUGAUCCCUAUUACUACCUCUCCAGGAUCAUUUUCCAGCAGUCCAAUAUCUACUCUUUGCCUCUUUUACACGUAAUAUAGCUGAGGAAACUUUUGAUAUCCUCUUUAAUAUUAGCUGGCUUACCUUUUUAUUCCAUCUUUUCCUUCUUUAUGACUUUUGUUUUCGGUUGUCUUGUUCGUUUUUAAAAGCUUCCCAAUCCUCUUAACUUCCCACUAUAUUUUGCUAUACCAUAUACCUUCCUUUUGGCUUUUACGUUGCCCUUGACAUCUGUUGUCAGCCACAGCUGCAUCAUCCUGCCUUUAGAAUACCUCUUCUUUGGGAUUUAUUUAUCUUACACCUUUUGAAUUGCUCCCAGAAACUCAAGCCAUUGCUGUUCUACCAUAUCCCCUGCUAGUAUUCACUUGCAAUCAAUUUUGGCCAGCUCCUCGCGCAUGCCUCUGUAAUUCCCUUUACUCCAAUGUAAUACUGACACAUCUGACUUGGCUUCUCCUCAGUUUGCAGGGUGAAUUUUGUCAUGUGAUCACUGGUCCCCUAGCGUUCCUUCACCUUAAACUCUCCAAUCAAUUCUGAGGAAUUCAGUGAUGCCCACAACAUCAUACAUGCAAAUCUGUAAAUGUGCUACAUGUCAUCUACUUUAUCCCGUAUACUGCAUGCUUUCAAAUAUAACACCCCAAGUCCUGUAUUUGUCGCCCUUUUUGAUUUUGUUCCCCCUUUUACAUUGCAACUCAAACCUGGACUGCAAUUUUUGUCCUGUCAUCAGCCUCUCCUUGCUAGCAGUCUCACUACACACGGACCCUGUUUGUAGAUCAACUCCCUAUCAUUCCGGUUUCCAUCCCUCUGCCAAGUUAGUUUAAAUCCUUCCCAAAAAGCUCUAGCAAACCUUCCCGCAAGGAUAUGCAUCCCCUUUGGGUUCAAGUGUAACCUGUCCUUUUUGUACAGGUCGUACCUUCCCCAGAAAAGAUGCCAGUGAUCAGAAAUGUGAACCCCUGUCCUUGUUCCAUGCAUUCUUCUGCCUCAUCAUCCUACUCUUACCUUCACUGGUGAGUGGCACAGGCAGCAAUCCGGAGAUUACUACCCUGAAGGUCCUGCUUUUCAGCUUUCUACCUCGAUCCCUAAAAUCUUUAUUCAGGACCUCUUCACCCUUCCUACCUACAGUAAGUCAUUGCUGCCAAUAUGUGCUAAGACUUAUGGCUGCUCACCCUGCCCCUUUAGAAUGCCGCAGACCCAAUCUGAGACAUCCCUGACCCUGGCACAUGGGAGGCAACAUAGCAUCUGGGUGUUUCCAUUGUAUCCACAGAAUCUCAUCUCUAUUCCUCAAUGAAAUCUCCUGUAGCUACUGAUGUGUGCUUGGCGUAUUUUUCAAACAGACUACUUUGUACUUGUUGUGUAGAGCUGCUUGAAUUGAAUUUGAAGCUGAAGUAACUAAUUUGAGAUUCCACUGUUGACUUGGGCCUUGCAGGUAUUGCAAGGCUUUGGGUUACAUGCAGCAGUAUAUCUGUCCUCCAGCAUAUUCUUGUGACCACUAUUGAUAUAACAUCCUAUUGAGUUUCUGACCAAUGUUGACUCCCUAUAGUGUGUGUGUGGUGGUGGUGUCAACAAUGGUAAUUCCAUUGAAUACCAAGGGAAGCUGGUUAGAUGCUUUGCAGAUGGCUGCUGUUGUCUGUGUAUUGCUGUACGUGUGCAUGGGCUGCUUCAUUGGUUAAAGUGUAAAUUAAUAUACUACUUCAGAUUAAUUCACAAUAUAUAUAAUUUUAACCAUCUUUUUAUGCAAAAAUCUAUUGUGCAAACUUGCAUAUUUUACACUUUACAAUCACAUUGCUGCAGUGGUUAUAAGCUAUGUAUUUUUCAUGUUAUGGUAGAUAAGUCAUGAAUAUACAUGAAUUAAAUUCAGUUUUCCUGCUUGGAAUUUUUCUUUCUCCAUCUGUGUUUUAGACUGCAGUCUAACUGCCAAUUUUUGUAGCUAGAUGUGAAUGAUAACGCAUCUUAAUAAAUAUUGUAUUUCUCUGUAAUUUUAAAUGUUAUUAUAAAGAAACGUACAAAGCUUCCCAGCCAAGCCAUUUUAGUCAAUGUAAUUAAAAUGAAUCCAAAUGUCCCAAAAAAGUAAACCUUGUAAUAUCACUACCUCACUACUUUUUAAAUAUUUUAUCAUUGCACUACUUAUUUAAUUAAACUAUUUAAUAUAUUUUUAAAAAUUCUCACCCCAACAGGUGGUAUGUAUGUGUAUUUUCCCCUCAAUCUCAGGUCCUCUACCAGAGGCCUGAGAGCUUGAUGGUUUGGUGCAGUAUCCUUGCAUUUCCUAGUAGUGUGCUCUUCUGGACUGAGAUCUCAGAUGUUGUUCCCAGGAUUUGUUGGAGCUACCCUCCCGAUCCAGGUGUCGCUGUGCCAAGUGCUUCUAUUACCACCGGGAUUACUCUGGCUUUAACUUCCACAUCCUUUCUAUCUGCUCUUUCAAGCCCCGGUAUUUCUCCAGCUUCUUGUGUUCUUUCUUCCUGAUGUUACUGUCAUUCGGGAUUGCCGCAUCUAUUACUAUUCUUCUGUUCCUUGUCCUUUGUGGUUGACUGGUUAGUACCUGCUUAUCAGUCUGUAUUUGAAAGUCCCACAGGUUCUUAGCUCUGCCAUUCUCCACCACCUUCUCGGGUGUCUCUCAUUUGAACUUUUGAGUGUUCAAUCCAUACUCUGCAAAAAUGUUACUGUAUACAAUUCCUGCUACUUGGUUAUGCUGUUCAGUGUAGGCUGUCCCUGCCUGCAUCUUGUGCCCUGCUAAAUGGUUUCACCAGAUUCCUUGCACAGUCUGCAUCUUGGGUCUUGUCUGGUGUGAUAGACCCCUGCUUUUAUUGCUCUUGUGCUUCGUGUCUGUUCUGUGCUGUCUCUUAGCCCUGACAUUUCCAGCCAUUGGUAGGACUUCCUUACGUCAGCCACCUCUGACAUCUGGCAAUGGUACAUCCUGUACAGUGGCUUGUCCUGCCAUGGCCUUUAGUCCCCCAGCUCUGCUUCACCCACUUCCAUUUCCAUAUCCCCUGCCUACUGUCUGAGGUAUUCUCCUAGCAGAUCAUCCUCAGGGGCCAUCUUCCUGACAUGGAUGUUACAAAUUUCUUCCAGGACUGUGGCUUUGACACUUUCAAGUCCCCGUCCUUUAUUCUGGCGGGUGUACAGUCAAUUGGCAUUGAACUUUGGAGGGAAUCCUCCAUAAUGUUAGCAUUUUCCAGGUCUUGAUGUCAGCUGCUUCCAGUUUGUUUCUUGGCCAGCACACUACUUUGGCUGGAUAUCUGAUGACUGGUAGGCAAAUGUGUUGAUGGCUCUGAUCUUGUUCUUCCCAUUCAUCUGACUUUUUGGGACCUGUCUCAUUCUUUGGAGGUACCUGGAUCUUGCAGCCUUCUUUGUGUCCUCAUCAUGGCUUCCAUUCAGCUGUAGGAUCCCCAGGUAUUUGUAACUACCCUGAACAUCUGGUAUGUGGUCUUCAGGUAACUUGAUUCCUUCAGGCAAAAUGAGUUUGCCUCAUUUCACUACCACUUGACUGCACUUCUCCGGUCCAAAUGACUCUGCUAUACAGCCUUGUCUGUUGAUUUGGUGAAUCAAUGUCUCUUUAAUUUCUGGCAAACAGUUUUAUGUCAUCUAUGUACAGGAGGUGGCUGAUGGUCACUCCACUCCAGAUCCUGUAUCCAUAUCCACUCUUUGAGAUGAUCUGGCUGAGGGAGUUUAAGCCUAUGCAGAACAGCAGAGGGGAUAGGGCAUCACCUUGGUAUAUUCCACAUCUGAUGGUCACUUGUGCUAUUGUCUUUGAGUUAACUUCUAGCAUUGUCCUCCAAUGGCUUAUUGAAUUCUUAAUGAAGGUCCUUAGUGUCUUGUUGACCUUGUACAGAGACAGGCAUUCCAGGAUCCAUGUGUGGGGCAUUAAGUUGCCUGCUCUCUGAUAGUCGAUCCAGGCUGUGCUGGUUUGCCUGAUCUUAGAGUCUCACAUGUCUGCUUUGUCUACCAGCAGUUGGUAGUUGGAGCCUCUGAUUCCAUCACCAAACCCCCUCUGAGCAGGACUCAGGAGUUUACACAUGGUGGCUAUGAUGCCUGAUAGGAGCUUCCAUGUUGUUGACAAGCAGGUUACAGGCCUACAGUUUGAUGGUGUUGGUCCUUUGAGAGGAUCCUUCAUUAUGAGUUAGCCAAUUAGGGUGGGAGCCUGCUUCAAGCAGCUGAUUCAUUUGAGUUGCCAGCCAUGUACGUAAUGCUGUUAGUUUCUUCAGCCAAUAGACAUGGAUCAUGUCAGGCCUUAGUAAUGUCCAGUUCUUCAUUCUAGCCUCCUGUUGCUGGACAUCUACUGCUGUGAUGGUGACUGGUUGCAGAGGCUUGCUUGUAGGUCUUUCAGCCAUUGGGCACUGAUGUUAUGUGGUUUUUCUUUCUCCCAUAUGCUCUUCCAGUACUCCUCAGUUGCUGUUUUGUUUGAUUUAGGUACUGGCAUGUUGUUGCUCUGGAACUGCAAAUACUUUUCCUGGUUCUUUGGAGAAGAGUGCAUUUAUUCACUUGGCCUCUUAGUGUACACUUAGUGUACCUCAGUGGUGUGGUAGCCAGAGCAGUUAACCAUUGUUUGGCAGUUUCCAAGGGAUCAGCUAUGGACAUACCUCUGUAUUUCCUUAGUGUGUGUGUAUGUAUAUGUAUAUAAUUCACAUUUCUUUUGCUAAUAUGUGUUGCAUUGUACUGCUGCUGCAAUGAUGACAAAUUCACAGCAUAUGCUGGUGAUUAAACCUGAUUCUGAUCAUAAACACAAGAGAAUCUGUAGAUGCUCGAAAUCUUGAGCAACACACACACAAUUUUGAAGGAACUCAGCAAGUCGGGCAAAAUCUAUGGAGUGGAAUGAACAGUUGACAAUUUGGGUUGAGACCCUUCAUCAGGACUCACCAAGGCAUAGAAAACUACAGACUUGAUGUGGGUAACACACAGUGCUGGCGGAACUCAGCAAGUCAGGCAGCAUCUAUGGAGAGGAAUAAAGAGUCAAUGUUUUGGGCCAGGAUGAAGGGACUCUACUGAAACAUUGUUUAUUAUGCUCUGUGGAAUCUCCAGUGGCAUUUAGUGGUGCACCUCUGUGGAAUCGGUAUUUUAAAGGUGCUUCUCUGCUUGUCCAGUAUGUUAUGGAGGGGUUGAGAGGGAUUGUCCAUAAUGCUCCAUAACUUCUGCAGCAUCCUCCUCUCAGACACAACCACCAGGGAAUUCAGUUCCAACCUCAGAACAGAACCUGCCUUCCUGACGAGCUUAUUCAUCUUCUUGGCAUCAGCUGCUCUCACCCUGCUGCCCCAGCAGACUACAGCGUAGUGUAGAAUGCUGGCCACCACUGAGACGUAGAACAUCUGCAGCAUAGUCCUAUAGACGUUGAAUAGCUGGAGCCCUCUCAAGAAGUACAGUUGGCUUACAGUCAGGAAUUACAGUUAGAAUGUACACAAGCCAAUUUCACUGUAACUUUAAGUCUAUCCACUAACCCCAUCCUUCCCUCCCCAUUCACAACCACUUACCCUAUUGCUUCGCGGGUAUUUAUUCCAUUUUAAAAAAAACCCAUGACUGGUUCCACUGUCUUUUGAGAUAGGGAGAUUCAAAGUCUCAUAACCUCAUCUAAAAACUUCAAUUUUGUUCCACAAGGGGAAACAUCCUCUUCGUGUGCACCCUGUGAACAGCCACCAGGAUAUACAUACAUCCUUAUUCUCUUUUACUCUUCCGAGCUCCAGCAGAUAUAUGCUUAGCCUGUCCAAACAAUACUCGCAACACUAUCUACCCUAACUGGGUGUCAGUUUCAUAAAUCUCUGAACUGUUUCCAACGUAGAAGCAUCAGGCUAUUCCAAUGAAUGAUUCACAAUACAUUAACAUUUAAAACACAUACCCCAAAUAUGGUCUCUUUUUGUGCUACAUAACUAAAGCAUUUAACACUGAACUGAAGCAUAACAUUUUUUUGCUAGCUUUCCAAGUUACUUGCUGUCCUUUGUGAAUCAGACAUUAGGAUAGCCUAAUCGUUCUGCAGCUGAAUUAUACAAUCUCACCAUUUCAAUAUUUUUAUUUUUCAUUCAUAAAUGGACAAAUUUACAAUUUUUGAAAUUAUGCUUCAUUUAUUCGUUCUUUGUAUCCUAAAUUCGCUUCACAUCAUAGUUUCAUUAUCUUUAUCAGCAUAUCUCAUUUUAGGAGCCUUCAUGUAAGUCAUUUAUAUAAAUAUAAAACGCUGUAAGGUUUCACUGUUAAUGUAAUGGCUUCUCUGUAAUGUUCCACUGCUGAGGUAAUGGAUUCUGUGUAGCAUCAAUGUUUGGGUUAUGACUAGAGAUAACAGAGCUUGUUAGCCAAUGAGUGGGAUGUUGCUCGUUCUUGUGUGUCUGGGAGCCGGGAAUUUGCAGUCUUUUGCAGGGGAGAGUUGAGGAGAGAAGACACGAAUGGAGAGAGUUGGUAGACCGCCAUAUGGAGUGGACGUGGAGCGAGGGUCCGAAGGUCAGCGACAAUCAGAGGAGGUCGAUGCUGGACAAACAGCCUUAUCAGUGAGCUCCAACGCUGUUUUAUGAGAAUGGGCCCUUUUUCUUUUUUGUUUUCUUUACUUAACCAUAUAGUCAAAUUAAGAAUUAUAAAGCUCAAUCAUUUAAUCGCAUAUUGCGUACUGUUUGUUAUUUCGUGGUACUCACUUAACAGGGACACACCGCACAGCAUCCAUCCAAACAAAAUUUCUUAAGUUUGGCCGGGCUAGGGGUAUCACCCCCUAUAUGAAGCCGCUAGCCAAAGCAAGAGUUGCAUAUUUAGAAGAAAUUAACCCCCAAUCUGAAUUUCUGUAGCACAACACUUGGUAUUUUUAUUCACGCAGAAAAAAGUUUGAUUUAUGAUUAUUUGGUUUCCUCUUCUAUUCCUUUUCUAUUGUUACGAAUUUAUUACUGUCAACAUUGAGUUUUUUAAGCAAUAACGUUAUCAAAGGUAAAAUAAGGAAUUCAAUUUGUUUUAUUUGAAAUAUGUUGCUAAUAAAUGUCACUACUUUAGUCUUUUUACUCAGCUCCUACAUACAUGAAAAAUGACAAAAUUUAUUUCAAAAUAAGGUAUCUUCAGUUCAGAGUGCAUAAAUGGUUCCCACAGCAAAACCAACAUUACUUGUCAUCUGCCCUCUCCCAGAAUCUAGCACAAAUAAUCAAAUAAUUAUUUGUGAAAUGCUUUUAACAUUUUAUUCACUCAUAUUUGCAAAUACAAUUUCCUUUGUAUUCACCCUUUUCUAAUUUCCCCUUAGACCGUAAGACCAUAGGACAUAGGAGCAGAAUUAGGCCAUUCAGCUCAUCGAGUCUGUGAAUUAGGUCAUUCAGCUCAUUAGCCAUUUCAUCAUGGCUCAUCCUGAAUCCCACUCAAGCCCAUACACCUGGCUUCUUGCCAUAUUUUUUGAUGCCCUGACAGAUCAGGAAACAAUUUAUGCCUUAAAUAUUCGCACUGUCUUGGCCUCCACCUCAGUCUGUGACAGAGCAUUCCACAGACUUACUCUCUAGUUAAAAAAAUUCCUCUUCCUAUUCUAGUGGGUCGCCCCUCAAUUUUGAGGCUGUGCCCUCUAGUUCUGGAUGCCCCCACCAUAGGAAACAUCCUCUCCACAUCCACCCCAUCUAGUACUUCAUAGGUUUCAAUGACAUGCCCCCGUAUUUUUCUAAAUUCCAGUGAAUACAGGCCUGAAGCUGUCAAACGUUCCUCAUAUGUUAACCCCUUCAUUCCCAGAAUCAAUCUUGUGAACCUCCUCUGGACUCUUUCCAAUGAUAACACAUCCUUUCUGAGAUAUGGGGCCUAAAACUAUUGACAAUACUCCAAGUGUGGCAUGACUAAUGUCUUAUAAAGGCUUAGCAUUAUCUCCUUGCUUUUAUAUUCUAUUCCUCUUGAAAUAAAUGCCAACAUUGUAUUCACCUUCUUUACCAUGGACUCAACCUGUAAAUUAAUCUUUUGGGAGCCUUGCACAAGGACUCUUAAGUCCCUCUGCACCUCUGAAGUUUGAACCUUCUCCCCAUUUAGGUCAUAGUCCACUCUAUUGUUCCUUUUACCAAAAUGUAUUAUCAUACAUUUCCCAACAUGUAUUCCAUCUGCUACCUUUUUCCCCCUUCUUCCGAUUUGUCUAAGUCCUGCUGCAAUUGCAUUGUUUCCUCAGCACUCCCUACCCCUAUCUUUGAAUCAUCUACAAACUUAGAAUAAAAGCCAUCAAUUUCAUUAUCUGUAUCACUGAUAAACAUUGUGAAAAGUAGCAGUCCCAAUACUAACCCCUGAGGAACACCACUAAUCACCAGCAACCAACCAACCAGAAAAGGCUCCUUUAUUCCCAUGCACUGCCUCUUACCUAUCAGCCAUUCCUCUAUUCGUGUCAGUAUUUUUCCUGUAAUACUAUGGGAUUUUAUCUAGUUAAGCAACUUUAUGUGUAGCACCUUAUCAAAUGCCUUCUGAAAAUCCAAGUAAGUGACAUCCACUACCUCUCCUUUUUCCACCCUCUUGAUGCUUCCUCGAAGAACUCUUAACAGAUUUGUCAGGGAAGAUUUUCCUUUGCAGAAACCAUGAUGAUUUUGAUUUAUCAUUAGUCUCCAAGUACCUCGAAACCUCAUCAUUAAUAAUAGACUCCAAUUCUUUCCCAACCACUGAGGUUAGGCUAACUGCCCUAUAGUUUCCUUUCUUUUGUCUUCCUCCCUUCUUAAAGAGUGGGUUGACAUUUGCAAUCUUCCAGUUCUCCGGGACCAUGCCAGAAUCAAGUGAUUCUUGAAAGAUCAUGACCAAUGCAUCCAUUAUCUCUUCAGCAAACUCUCAGGACACUGGGAUGUAGUCCAUUUGGUCCAGGUGAAUUAUCCACCUUAAGACCUUUCAGUUUGCUCAACACUUUUUCCUUUGUAAUAGCAAUGGCCAUCACACCUGCUCCGUGCUACUCAAGGACCUCUGGCACACUGAUAGAUCAGAGCACUAAAGGAUACUUAUCAUGUCAAAUUGAUCUGAGAACUUAAGGACAUGUUUGUUUGUUGCUUUGACCACGUGCUUUUCAAUAGCCAAGAAAGCACAUUCACUUCUCUACUUCCUCAGAGGGUUAAUGAAACUUGGCAUGUCUCCAAUAACCCUCGCCAAUUUUCACAGAUGCACCAAAGAAAGCAACUUAUUUUGAUAUAUCACAAACAUGAGAAAAUCUGCAGAUGUUGGAAAUUUAAAGCAACACACACACACAAAAUGCUGGAGGAACUCAGCAAGCCAGGCAGCAUCUUUGGAACAGUGACCUUUAAGGCCGAAACCCUUCAUCAAGACUCAUCACACCUUGGUAUGACAUAUGCACUGUCAAAGACCAUGAAAAAUUUCAGAGAACUGUGGACACAGCCCAGUCUGUCACAAACACCAGGGUCCCCUCCAUUGAUUCAGUUUGUACCUUUUUUUGCCUUGGUUAAGCAGCCAAAGUCCUCACACCCCUGUCAUUCUCUUCAAUCAUUCCACAGGACAGAAGAUACAAAAGCAUGAGAGAAUAUACCACCAGACUCAAGGACAGCUUCUACCCUGCUGUGAAUGGACCUUUUUGCAUUAAAAAUGAACUCUUGAUUUCCCAGUCUAUUUUGCUAUGGCUCUUUCACUUUGUCUACCUGCACUGCACUUUCUUUGUAAUGCUAACACCAUUCUAUUUGGCAUUUUCCUUUUGUAGUACCUUAAUGAACUAUUGCAUGGAAUGAUUUGUCCAGAUUACACACAACAAAGUUUUUCACUCUAUCUGGGUACAUGUGACAAUAGUAAACCAAUGAUCAUUAACAUGGAUCAAUAGAACGUAAGACUUCAAUUUCCAGAUUUUUUUUUCUUGAAAGUAUGACUGAGCUCAAAUUAUAUAGCAAAACAAGCCUGAAAGUUGUUAUUUUAAAUUUUGGAACUUGUUUUGGAAUAUAUGAAAUUGUACAUAUUGGGCAAUAUAGAUGAAUGGUAUGCUUGAACUAAGUGUAGUGUGCGGGUAAAACGUAAGCUUGUAAUACACACUCUAAAAGACCUUGAAGUUCAAAAAGUUUUGCAUUUGUUAUGUUCAAUGGCACCAUUAAGUAACAUACACAAAGUUGAUAAAUCAAAAUAUAUAUAUAUUGCUUUGUAUAAGCAAAGUAUUUCAAACAAAAAAUAUUUUGAGAAAAUAAUGUCUGCUUCAUAGGUUAUAUGUUUACAAUUGUUUUGAAAAUUAUUUGUUUAAAAAUGUAUACUGGACAGAUGUGAAGGUCAUUAAGUAGAAUUAAUAGUAACAAAGAUUAGAUAACAGAGUUAAUCAUUUACUGAGUAAUAAGUUUUCAGCAUCUUGGAAUUCUCUUUAUUCUAACUGCAAAAUGUCCACACAAAGCUUUGUACUUGUGUACCUAUGUGUUAUUUUGCUUUUAAGUGGAAGAUGUCAAAAAUCUGAAUCAACGAGUGGUUCAAGUGAAUCUGUUGUAUUUCAUGGUGCUAAUCAGCACGACUUCUCUGUCAUUGUUGAAGGCGGUGGACAGGAAUGUCUCUGGCAGUAUGCGGAACAGAAAGGUUACUUUUAUUUUAAUUAUGAGGUUCAGUGGGUAGUCGGAUUACAGAAUGACAGAACUAUCACUGCCACAGUUAAUGCACCCAAUGGGUAUUUGAUAGACACAUCCAGUGAAACAAAUGGACAAAUCAACUUCAAAACAGAACAAACAGGUUUUUAUCAACUUUGCUUGAAUAACUUCUUUUCACACUUUGGAUCGAAGCAGAUCUUUAUCAGUUUUGGAACUUACUAUGAUGGUUUUGAUGAAGAAAAGGAAACAGUAAAUAAAGUAAAUGUUCAUCUGAAUGACACUGUGUCAGCAAUUCAGGAAGCAACUAUCCAGAUACAGAUCUAUGUUUUUCAUAUGUGGAGAUACUAUAACUUUGCCAGGAUGCAUAAAGGAGCUGAUUACUUUGCCGCGCUUGCACUCAACAAUUAUGUGUACUGGUGGUCAUUUACCCAGAGUGUAGUCAUUGUUUUAUCCGGUGUUUCGCAGCUUUACUUUCUGAAGCAGCUGUUUGCCGUGAGGGGCAUCACUGCAGGUGAAAAGCCCAGAUGCUAAGCACAAUCUUAUUUAAGAAAUGUAAUGGUGCUAAAUUGACUGGAUUAUUAAAUACCUU